AGCGCGGGGAGCCCGUUCGUCACUGAGCACUUGGUCGGCUGGGAGGCGGUGGCUGCUGACCCCAUCGGUGGUGGCAGACGGCUAUUUCUCUGACGAAAACGCUUGGGAAGAUGGCGGCAAAUGACACUGAACAGGAUGACUUAGUUUUGAAAAAAUCUACUUCUGACACGGAAAAGGAAAGUGAAAGAUCAGCAUCGUCUAAAUCUCCCAAAAGCUACAAGCAUCAUUCUUCACGAUCGCAGUCUAGGUCAAGAUCAAGAUCUAGGGAGAAGGAACGGUCCAGGACAAGAUCAAAAUCUAGGGAGAAGAAACGAUCGGGUACAAGGUCACGAUCUAGGGAGAAGAAACAGUCUUGGUCAAGAUCGCGAUCUAGGGAGAAGAAACGGUCUAGGUCAAGAUCACGAUCUAGGGAAAAGAAACGGUCUAGGUCAAGAUCACGAUCUAGGGAAAAGAAACGGUCUAGGUCAAGAUCAAGAUCUAGGGAAAAGAAACGGUCUAGGUCAAGGUCAAGAUCUAGGGAGAAGAAACGGAAGUCUGAAAGUGAAAGCCGGAAACCCAGACAAAGUCGCAGCAGAAGCAAAGAGGAACAAAGACGGGACUUAAAAGAGAAAAGUACCACCAAAAAACAAAAAUCUUCUGAUCAGCAAAGUGACAAGGAGCAUGACAAAGGGAGGGAACGAUUAAGUUCAACAGAAAACGGAGAAGACAGGCCAAAGCGGAAAGAAAAGAAACCUUCAAAAGCUCAAAGUUAUUCAAGAUCCAGGUCCAGAGAAAGGCGGCACCGGAGUCGUGAAAAGAAGAAGUCACGUUCACGGAGCAAAGAAAAGAGGUCUCGGAGCCGAGACAGGCGGUCAAAAAGCAGAGACAAACGCUCAAGGAGCUGGGACAGGCAUUCGAGGAGCCGGGACAAGCGGUCUCGGAGCCUGGGCAGGCGGUCUCGGAGCCGGGGCAGGCGUUCGAGGAGUCGGGGCAGGCGUUCGAGGAGUCGGGGCAGGCGUUCGAGGAGUCGGGGCAGGCGUUCGAGGAGCCGGGGCAGGCGUUCAAAGAGCCGGGGCAGGCGCUCAAAGAGCCGGGGCAGGCGCUCAAGGAGCCGAGGCAGACAUUCAAGGAGCAGAGAAAAAAAACGACGUAUAAAAUCUCGUUCAAGAUCGCGAUCAAGACACAGGAUACACAGGAGUAGAAGCCGAAGCAAAGAGAAAAGAAAACGCAAGUUCAGUAGAAGCAGAAGUCGUAGUCGUACUCCCCCAGCAUUCAGAGGUCGCAAUGCUGCCAUGGAUGCUCAGGAAGCGUUAGCUCGGAGGCUUGAAAGAGCAAAGAAGCUUCAAGAGCAAAAAGAAAAAGAGCUACUGGAGAAACAGAAAGUGGAACAACCAGAUGUUGCAGAUACAACAAAUGGAUCACUUGUAAGUGUCAACCAGCCAACAGUCAGUAGUGGAUCAGUUCUCAAUGUUGCUGCUCUCCUGGCAUCUGGUACUCAAGUUACACCGCAGAUUGCAAUGGCUGCACAAAUGGCAGCACUCCAAGCCAAGGCACUGGCUGAAACUGGUAUAGCUGUGCCUAGUUACUACAACCCAACUGCCGUCAACCCAAUGAAGUUUGCAGAACAAGAGAAGAAACGUAAACUUCUCUGGCAGAACAAGAAGGAAGGGGAUAAGUCACAGACUGCAGAAUUAUGGGAAAAGCUAAAUUUUGGUAACAAGGACCAAAAUGUUAAAUUCCGAAAAUUAAUGGGCAUCAAGGAUGAGGAAGAGAUAGGAACCCCAAUACCAAAUCCUGAUGAAAGUUUCAAAACUCUAAAGCAACAAGAAGAAGUAUUCAGGAACUUGGAUGCUCAGUAUGAGAUGGCACGAUCACAAACGCACACACAAAGAGGCAUGGGCCUGGGUUUCUCCUCUUCAAUGAGAGGAAUGGACGCAAUUUAAGAACAAACAUUGUACUUGUGCUUAAGCACGUUAUUUUUUUUAUAUCGUCUUCGUCCAUGUUGGAGAUUUAAAGCUUCAUCUUGACUUUCACUUUCCCAUUUACUGAAAAAGCUAGCAAUCUAGCUUGCAUGGUUGUUGCAAUGCAAAAUAAUUUAUUAAAGAGGUUUUGAUUGUAAAGAUAACUGGGUGUAUCAACAAUCAUACUGUGAUAGUUACUCUUCCUAAACAUUGGGACUUCAUUGAAGAAAGAGUUGAUGGCAAUGUUUUGCAACUAGGAAAAGGAAGUUCUAUCAUAUCUUUUUUUCUUUUUAUGUGUUUGAAGUGAUGUACGCAGACUGGAUUCAAACAGCCCAAUGUCAUUCAUAUUUUGUUGUAAUACUUCAUGUUGCUGUAUUAUGUGAUUGCUUUUGUACUAAAACUUGUACAGUUAUUUUCAUCUUUUGAAAUGCAAAUGAUGAAUGUGUAGUUGUAAAUUAGGAUUUAGUUUGUAUGUAAGUACUUAUUCCAGUGCUGAAAAGCGCUUUAUAGUGCACUGUUCAUUAUCAAGCUUUCUGGACAAUAAAUGGAUGAUUUUCAA